UUUCCCCUAUGAUCUCACAGGGGGCCAAAAACUGCGUAAGGCAACAAGGCUAGCAUUCAAAUUCACAGAAAAUAUGUAAAAUUAACUUCCCCAGCCAUGUUAAGCACUUCUGUGGGAAGCCAUUCCAGCGAAAGCCCUGAAACUUCAAGGCAGGGCAUGCCAGGCAACGAACCCCAUAAAGUUAACCCCAUACCAGAGUUCCCAAUAACAGUAGACUCCGAGCACAAAGCCACGGUGUUUUGGCCGUUGUCCGUUGCCCAGCCGCACAUGAGAGCCUUUCAUCUCACCUGGAUAUCUUUCUUCACCUGCUUCUUCUCCACCUUCGCAGCCGCACCGUUGCUCCCGGUGAUCCGGAACAAUCUGGAUCUCACAGCCAUCGACAUGGCCAACGCAGGGAUCGCCUCCGUUUCGGGCUCCGUUUUCUCGCGCCUCUGUGCGGGGCCAUUCUGCGAUCUGGCCGGGCCACGCUACACUUUUGCAUCGUUGCUUCUUCUAACGGCCCCCGCGGUUUUCGCGAUGGCCACGGUGUCUUCUGCAACGCGGUUCAUCCUGACGCGCUUCUUCAUCGGCUUCUCGCUGGCCACUUUCGUGAGCUCUCAGUUCUGGAUGGGCAGCAUGUUCGCCUCCAACAUUCUUGGACUCGCCAACGGCGCCGCCACGGGGCUCGGCAAUGUCGGCGCCGCCGCUACGCAGCUCAUGAUGCCGUUGCUCUAUCUUCUCAUUCAUUCCUCAUUCCAUUCUACGCCCUUUACCGCUUGGCGAAUAGCCUUCUUUGUCCCGGGGCUAAUGCAGGUGACCAUGGGGUUAGUGGUCCUAUGCUUGGGCCAGGACCUGCCUGACGGUGACUAUAAGCGGGUUACGAGUGGCGACGAAUUGCGCACGGUCGCAUGGUACGCGCUCACCAAUUACAGGAGCUGGGUUUUGGCUGUCACGUAUGGCUACUGCUUCGGUGUUGAACUGACCGUCAAUAAUAUUAUAGCAUUGUAUUUUUACGACUGGUUUGAUCUUGACGUGGAGAUUGCGGGCGUCAUUGCUUCUAGCUUCGGGCUUGCGAAUUUUUUUACGUGUCCGUGUGGAGGAAUUUUGUCCGAUGUGACGGCCCGUCGGUUGGGCAUGCGGGGUAGGCUGUGGGUCCUAUGGGCGCUCCAGACGACCGCUGGAGUUUUUUGCAUUUUGCUGGCCAGAGCCAGUGGAUCUUUGGCUCUUUCCGUGCUAUUUCUGCUGCUCUUUUCUGUAUUCGUUCAAGCAUCUUGCGGUGCCACCUACGGUAUUAUACCCUUCAUCUCUCGUAGAUCUCUAGGAGCGAUAGCUGGAAUGGUGGGGGCAGGGGGAUCCAUUGUCACACAGUGCUUCUUCUUUACUAACUCCAGUUACUCGAACGAGAGAGGCAUCAGUCUCAUGGGAAUAAUGACUGUGAUGGGCACCAUCUACUUUCCCCAGUGGGGUGGCAUGUUGGCAAAACCUUCCAACACCACAGAAGAGGGAUAUUACGCUCAGGAAUGGUGUGAACAAGACAAAUUGAAGGGACUUCAUCAUAACAGUAUGAAAUUUGCUCACAACAGCCGCGGUGAGAGAGGAAUUACAUCACAGGAGUUUCAGUCCCAAACAUCUCCAUUUAUUCAAUACACUUGAUCGUCGUUAUACUCAAAUGACUUCAUUUUUAUUUUUUUGGGAUGUAAAAAAUAUUUUUGUAAAUAUGGAAUUUUUUUUUUUUUU